GUUGCAAAGCGUGAGUGUCAAUAUGUAUGUGUUUGUGAGCAAAGAAACAAAGCUGGUGUGAAAUGUAUUUCAAAUUGAACAGAAGAAAUCUCAAGCUACUACCUGGUUAUAAGGCAGGUGGUGUUACUGAAUAAAUCAGGAUAAUGUCGUGUUUCAUUUAGGUUAUUCAGAACAUCUAUUUUUGUUUUUAAAAAGUUUUGUAAAAAUGAAUGUGUUGGAAAAACGGAGUCCAACGGUUCAGCGGCUUCUGCAAUGGCUUUUGUGUAAUGGCUCUGAUAUGUUUUGGAUAAUUCCCGCAUAUUCAUACACCUCACUCUAAAAUUCGCUUACACCUUGGUUAUCAAAUUGUAUUUGUUGUCUCAUUGCAGCCCUCUUCUUUUUUGAGGAUUAUGAUGUUAAUGUUUCGUGGCGACCUCUAGUGAAUAAAAUGUGACGUUACGUCUCUUUACCGAACAAAUACAUUUACCGCUCGCCACGAUCUGGUAUCUCGCGUAACAUACACAUAACUAUAUCUGCUUGUAUAUAAAAAACGAAACUAAUUAUACGUGUUUUGUUCAACAGGUCAUAUUAAACCAAAGACUAUGUGGUGUUUUCAGAAUAGACAUCCAGUGUGGGUUAUAGGCUAUUGUGCAGUAGCCUUAUCAUCACUCUUAUUGAAAAUGUUUGCUUCGCGCAGUCGUUUAUCUUAGCGAGAGGAAAGUAUGGCGUGCUGUUUCAUUACGUUGUACGUUUCAUGCGUGUCGCAGUUAUUAAAGGAUUGUCGGCGUGUCUAGGCUGAGGUGGGCGGUUAUGUGAUAAGUGAUAUUACGCUGAGGAGGUUCACAGUAGUGGGAAAUAUUUCGUGUAGGCUUUGUCUCUCCUAGCUGGUCUCUUCAUCCUGGCCGAAACUUCUGCUCACUUUAAAUUAGAAGCCGCGAUGGCCACCGUGUUUAGAUACGCAGUGUUUCCUUUUCUACAAGGCCUGGAGCAGUCGGAGUUGGCGGAAGGGUUGUCUUGUGUGCAGAGCGUUAUGGCAGAACCAGACUACAUGGACGGCGACUGUGAUGAGCUCAUUAAGCCCAAGAAACUCAUCAACCCAGUAAAGACAUCCAGGAACCAUCAAGAUCUACACCGAGAGCUCCUUAUGAAUCAGAAGAGGGGACUGUCUCCACAGAACAAGCCAGAGCUCCAAAAGGUGAUGGAGAAGAGGAAGAGAGAGCAGGUGCUGAAGGCUCAGAAAGAGGAGCAGGAAGCUCACCAGAAACGAUCAGAUCUAGAGAUUGAGCUCAUGAAGAGACAGCAGAAACUUGAGCAGCUGGAACUUGAGCAGCAUAAGAUUGAAGAGGAGCAGGAGAACACCCCUGAAUUUGUUAAAAUGAAAAGCAAUCUAAGAAGAACCAAAUUGGAAGUGGACGAGCAGGAGCGUCCCACCUAGACACCUUGUGGGGGCUUUUGAGGGCGUCCAUGGCACAUGAUUACAUGGAACCUGGACUGCAGUUUGUGGACAUCCACUGGUGUUCCUACUCCUUGCGCUCCUGUGAAACAAGUGACUAUGAAUGGUUCCUAUUGCUUGCUUACAUGACCAGUAUUCACUUAAACCUUUUCCCUGAACAUCGACAGCCAAUGAAGGGAGUUGCACUCACAGGCACGAAGGCCCAGCGUCUCCGUUGCUCAAUGGCUUUAGUGAACUUGCAUGGCAGGACAAACAGAGCCUACAUAGAGCUUACAAAGAGACUGCACAGAGCCUAUAUUGAGCCUACACAGAGUCUUUCCAUGUGUUUCUCUUUCUGUCUUUUUUUGUUGUUGUUUUUGGAAGAACCACUCGUUUUUUUUUUUUGUUUGUUUGUUUGUUUGUUUUUAUGGGACACUGGAUGGACUCUUGUAAGCCAACAUAAUGAGCUUUUAUUUUGCUUUGGGACAGAGAGAAGGUCUCUCAAGGUCUCCAUAUCUUUCUUUUUUUGGAUGAUUUUGAAAAAUGAAAAAAAAUCACAUUGAAUCAAAGUUUGGAUGUAUAAUGUACAGAGCUUGCUUUUUCUUUUGUUUGGUUUAUUUGUGCCCUCCCUUUGAGCUACAUAUUUUAAGCAAUAAUAGAUCUAGUUUGAUGUGUUUGUUAAUAUUUUUGUGUGUAUUGUUAUUGUUGUCAUUGUUUUUUAUGGAUAAAAUCCUUAUGAAAACAUUUUAGUUAAAUGCGUUAUAGAAUGCUACAUGAAGGCAAUUUGUUCUCCAUACCAGAAUAGUAGUCGUUCAGAGCAAUCAGGAAGCUGUAGAAAACCACACCUGUUUGUUAGUUCAGUGUUGAGGACUGUUAUAUGUAGGCUAACCACUCAUUUUCCCUUUAAAUUGGAAACCCCUUUAAAUUGGAAAUAAAUAUUAUUUUGUCAUGUUA